CGGGGACUACAGUUGCGACUCUACCUGGGAGCUGAUAGAGUCUGCGGCACACGCGAUGAGUGCCAGACAGAACGACAACAUUGAAUUCGUGCUUUGGACAGGAGACGGCUUGUCCCACGCAGCCAGACACCUGCCAGAGAUCAGGCAGCUGGAGCUGCUGCAAAACCUCACCGACCUGCUGGGCAAGACCUUCAGCUCCCAGUUCGUGUUCCCGGCCCUAGGGCACGACGAUCCCUUUCUGAGGGAAGAGCUGGGUAAGAUGUGGUCCAGGUGGCUGCCCACCGAUUCCAUGAAGACCUUCGAGGCAGGUGGCUAUUAUAUAAUAGAACGAAAAAUGCUCAAACUGCAAAUAGUGGUCCUCAAUACUAAUCUGAUGAAACAUUCAGACUACGAGGCGGAUGCCCAGAAGCAAUGGCUGUGGUUGGAUAAAGUUCUCCACAAGUUUCAGCGAAACGGAGAAACAGUGUACCUCGUUGGUCACAUGGCUCCAGGGUCUAACGAGCGACAAAGAGGUCCUUCGACAUCUUCGCACACUGCCUACUUCGAUCACCACAACAAAAAGUACUUGGAGAUUGUUCGAAAGUACGCCGGGAUCAUAGCAGGCCAAUUUUUUGGACAUCUGCAUUCGGAUACGUUCCGGGUCAUAUAUGGAGAUAACGGGCGUCCUAUUUCUUGGGCUAUGCUAGCACCAUCUGUCACACCAAGAAGAAGCAACGAAGGAAUGAACAAUCCAGGUCUGCGAUUGUAUAAAUUUGACAAGGAUACUGGACAGGUAUUCGAUUAUACCCAAUUCUACUUGGACUUAUCCACUGUCAAUCCGAAGGAGAAUCGGCAAGUGGAGUGGCAGGUCGAAUACAAUUUCAGCACAUACUAUUCCAUCAACGAAAUCAGUCCUGUCAGUCUGCACGCCUUAGCUGACAAAUUCACGCAGGACAAUCCGCAAGGCAACAACGUGUUCUACAAAUACUACAAGGCCAACUCGGUCCGAAUCAACAACAACCCGACGACAGGUUGCGAUUCCACAUGCGUCCACCAACACUACUGCGCCAUCACGCGGCUGGACUACGAAGCAUUCCGUCAUUGCAUGCAAACCGCUCCCAGUGCUCUAUCUGCUUCCAGCUCGCUAGCCACCAGACCAGUCGUGUUGCUAGUCACUGCGGUGGCAGUCGCGGUGAGCGUGAUAAAGUUAGUGCGAUAAUAUUCCACAGUGAUAUUCCCGCGAUUCAUUGGAGAGGAAUGCAUGUGUGAUGAAUUCAAUGCAAGUGUGCAGGUUGAUGAUCGAAGCAAGCAAAAAUAAUUUGCAAGAAUUUUCGAUGUUUUACAAGCCAGCUCGCUAGCUACCCGACCGUUCGUGUCGCUAGCGACUGCGGUGGCGGUGUGAUAGAGUUAGUGCGAUAUAUUCCCGUUUUCCAUGAUUCACUGGAGGUGCAUGGAAUAUGUAUCGAAAUCAAUGCAAGUGGACAGUUUGAUGAUCAAAACUAGCGAAAAUGCCGAAUGGAUUGGAUAUACACAAACCGCGAAGAUUCUUUGCUCGAUUUUUGAUGAAAUUUCAUCGGAAUCGCUUGAUUUCUCUCGAAAACAUUAUAUUGCUGUUAUUGGAUAAUCUGUGUCAAUACCAUUCGAUAGAACUGAAAGAAUGUGAAGAAUGUCGAGUUUUUAUGAGACCAGAUCGUUUUUCUCGUACCGGUCUGGUUCAGCGUGAUGAUGUUAGUGCGAUAUUAUUGCCUCAUUUCAUAAUUCAACGGGGAUGCAUGGAAUAUACAGGGUGUUGCGAUAUUCGACCGACAACGCUUGCCAGGUGAUAGCCCUCGUGAUUUCAUAAUCACUGAGAUAGGGACAUAUACGGUCUUCAAGUGUUUAGUUCUCGAGAUACAGGGCGUUAAAGUUGAGAAAUAAGAAUAGUUGUUUCGCAAUAUCUCACGGAGAAUUGAAUAUAAUGUAUUCAACUUCGCUAAAUGGUUUGAUCUUUGAAUGGGUCAUUUCUUGUCCAGGAUGCCAUUCUGGACAUUUUAUCCAGUGGUGCCCAACAGGGGGGGGGGCAUGGCAACUUUUCCUCCUAUAUUUUC